CCAUCAGGCGAGAGGCAGGAGAACAGAGAGAGAGAGAGAGAGAGAGGGGCUGGAGUGGCGGAACGGUAACGACCCAUCUCGUGCACUACCCUGCGGAGCGGAAUACACCGACAUUAAUGUCUGGAUAUAUCAGUCUCUCCACUGCGCACGAGCUACACAGAGGAACGCGCUCACACACGUUACCACCACACGCACACACACACGCACACAAGGAAAAGUUAAAGAGCAGCGGACCGGACUCGCAAGAAUUCCCGGACACAAAAUUUCUGAAGCAAAAUAUUGUGAGAUUGUCCUGAACCACCCACACGACAGACUCCACCCACUAACACAGAUCUGCAGUCUGACUGGUCUAUUGCCACACAUCUCCUCCUUUCAGUCACUUUGUUUCGUCUGCAACAUGAAAGACUUUUGUGAGUUUCUAUUGGUUUGUUGGUUGGUGGGUGUGGCUUUGGUGUUUCUGGAAGCCACUGCCCACGAUGCAAACCCUUUCUCUGUGCAAUCAUCGUCCCCUGAUCCCUGCUACAGUGAAUCAGGUUCUGCCCGUUACUGCAUUCCAGAGUUCGUUAACGCAGCGUUCAGCCAGGAAGUGACCGUCUCGAGCAUGUGCGGCCGUCGCGGCUGUUCACACACCCACCUGACAGAUCUAAACUCCGCCCAGAACCUCACCUGCUGGCAGUCAGAGAUGCUCCGGACGAUGCCGUUCAAUGUCACACUCACCCUUUCACUAGGAAAGAAAUUUGAGAUCACUUACGUUAGCUUACAUUUCUGUUCUGAGAAACCGGAUUCGAUGGCCAUUUACAAAAGCAUGGACUAUGGACGUAGUUGGACACCAUUUCAGUUUUAUUCUUCUCAGUGCCGGCGGGUUUACGACCAGCCGAACCGGGCGGAAAUCACCAAACUCAACGAGCAGGAGCCACUGUGCAUGGAAUUGCCCAACAGUGCCGACACCAGCAACGCCAUCCUCGUGUUCAGCACGCUGGACGGACGACCUUCCAGAUCAAACUUCAUCUCCAGCCCCGUUCUGCAGGACUGGGUCACUGUUACCGACAUACGUGUGACAUUUAACCGCCCGAAAAUUAGUAAAGACACGCGAGAACCUGCCUACUUUUAUGCAGUGUCAGAUUUCCAGGUGGGUGGCAGAUGUAAGUGUAAUGGCCAUGCCCACAGAUGUAUAAGAGACAAAGACGGGAAGAUGGUCUGUGACUGCAAACACAACACGGAAGGACCCGAGUGUGACCGAUGUAAACCGUUCCACUAUGAUCGUCCAUGGCAGCGAGCCACACUCAAAGAAGCUAACGAGUGCCUGCCCUGUAACUGUAAUCUACACGCUCGGCGCUGCAGGUUUAACAUGGAGCUGUAUAAAUUAUCUGGACGGAACAGUGGAGGUGUGUGUAUGAACUGCAGACACAACACGGCUGGACGACACUGUCACUACUGCAAAGAAGGCUACUACAGAGACAUGAGCCGACAGAUCACACACCGCAAAGCCUGCAUAGCAUGUGACUGCCACCCAGUGGGAGCUGCAGGUAAAACAUGUAAUCAGACGUCUGGUCAGUGUCAGUGUAAGGACGGAGUGACUGGACUCACCUGUAACCGUUGUGCUAAAGGCUACCAGCAGAGCCGCUCACCUGUCGCCCCCUGCAUCAAGAUUCCUACGAUUAAUCCAACAGCAGUGGUGAGCAGUACAGAGGGACCUGCAGACUGUGAGUCCUACUGCAGACCAGCCAAAGGCAACCUGAAGAUCAACACCAAGAAAUACUGCAAGAAAGACUACGCCGUCCUGGUGAGCGUGCUGGACAUGGAGACGGUCGGUGACUGGGCAAAGUUCUCCAUCAGCUUGGUGUCAGUGUAUAAGAGCCGCGAGCCGCUGAAGAGAGGUGAGAACGCGCUGUGGGUUCACAUGAAGGACCUGGCAUGUAAAUGUCCACGCAUCCACCUGGGGAAACGCUUCCUCAUCCUGGGCUCUACUGGGGGUGGUGCCAGCGCAGAGAGGGUGGGGCUUUUCGCCGAUAAAAACAGCCUGGUCAUACAGUGGAGGGACAUCUGGACUCGACGCCUGCGCAAGUUCCAGCGCAGAGAAAAAAAGGGCAAGUGCAGUGCUGCAGAACACACCCACGAUGCCUGACCUCUGACCCCGUGUGUGUGUGUGGACUGUUGGUCAGCCUUUUGAAGGGACCGUUAAAAAGAACCAGACUGAUACAGGAACCACAAUCGUUUCUUUCUUUCUUUCUUUCUUUCUUUCUUUCUUUCUUUCUCUCUCUCUCUCUCUCACCCCCCCCCCCACACACAGGUGCUGCUCAGUUUUCAAACCUCAAACAUUCAUCAUUAUCAUUCUUAUGGGACUGAAGAAAUUUCUAAAGCUUUUAAUAUGUGUGUGUGUGUGUGUUAGUUAUACAGGAUGUUAGCGUGAACUUUAUUAACAGACAAAGUAGAUUCUCUUAACCUCAUUCAAACUCCGGCGUUUUCUGCUCACUGAUCUGCUGCGUUCUCAGGAACAUUCUGGAAAUCUAGAAGACUUUUCAGAAGCCUCUUUUCCUGAACGUUAGUGAAAGAGCUACAGAAUGUGUCUCCUUUCCUCCUUUACACAUCUUUAUAGACCUUUACACUCCUUGACAUUCCUUUACACUCCUUUACACUCCUUUACACACAUUUACACUCCUUUAAACAUCUUUACACUCCUUUACACACCUUUACACACAUUUACACUCCUUUACACACAUUUACACUCCUUUACACACCUUUACACACAUUUACACUCCUUUACACUCCUUUACACACCUUUACACACCUUUACACACAUUUACACUCCUUUAC